UAGUAGGUGGGUCUAACACCAGCAUUUUUUUCCCCUAACAUGAAAUAUAGAUCGGCGCCACUGAACUUACGACUAACCUCUGAGACUGGGAGUGAGAAUAUGAAUAAAGUUAAAACUUUUGUAGUAAAAUCAUUAUGAUUAUUUUAAUCCCCCGUCAAUUGGAUCCUUUUGCGUCAGUUAGUCUCCGGGAUCUAGCUGUCGAGGGAUCUAUGUGACCGUUCACCGUGUAAACAAAUCUUAUCAUUUUUAUCAUUGUUUGAAAAAUAAUGCACAAAUUCAGGAAUAACGACAAUUUAGAGUUUUUUGAAGUUACAGUAGUUACAGUUACAACUUACAAGUAUUUCAACUACGAUACAACGAUACAAGUAAAAUACUCAACAAUUGAUACUUUUUAACUUUUAUGUACUAAGUAGUGACUUGAUAAUUUGCUACUGUGCGUGACAAUUUUAAAUGUUCUCUAUUAAAUAAAAUCUUUAUUUGGAUUUUUUAAAAUUUAUUUAUAAAUGUCGGACCCAUCAGAUUUUGAAAGUAUUAUUUCAGACAUAAUUGUCUCUCCGUGCAGUUUUGACAGUAAUGACGACGAACAUGCAACUGUGAAUGAUGAUAAUUUAGAAUCAACAAUAUCCUUAACCAACAAUGUAGUAAUAAACACGAUGAAUGUUGAUGGUAUGACCACUUAUGAUCCAUCUCAACAUGACGUAUCUCUUACGGAUAGUGAUCAUAGUUUACUGGAAGUCCCAAAACAAUUGAAUGCCUCUUCUCCUUCCAGUGUUUGCUCAACAAGACCACUUGAAUGGGAUAGUGGAGCCGAUGUGGGAUAUGAUAUUACAUCUCAACAACAGAGUCAAGAUAUGAGUACAAUUGAAAGAAUUGCAGUGAGUAGCCUCGUUUAUAAUACAAAUUCAACUCCAAUUGUUAAUCAAAACCAAAUAAUUCGUACAAAAACCAAAAGUAAUUCAUUGGUUAAUCUGAAUGAAAUAGAAUUAUCCAGAGAAAAAAAAUCUACUUCGUUAGAUGUAUUAAAAUUUACAACUGAGAAGAGUGACACACUACCAAAAUGCCGAUCACCAAUGGCUUCUUCACUUUCAGUGUCAACAGUAGUUCACAAAUUAGAGUCUUUGAAAACAGAAUGUAUUAAUAAAUUAAAUGAAAAAGAUGUAAGUUUGAUUUUCAAUCAACAAGAAAAAAGGUUUGAAAAAUUGAGCAUUAACUCCAACAAAGAACAAAAAUCGACAGAGAGUAGUAAAGAGUCUAAUAGUACCUUAGAAAGUGCUGACACUGCUGGAUCUUGGGUGGCAAAAGAAUUCCACGACUCAACAAAUAAUACUACCGAUCGAGUAAAUAGCUUUGAAUAUUUACCAGGUAAUUCAUAUUAUAAUACUAGAAGUGAUGAACAAGAAGACUACUCAGAUAAAGAAAUUAAACAAAGUACUAAAAUACUGGUUGAUGCAAUGAAACAAAAUGGUUUAACAAAUGAACUUCAAAGAAAAGAAAUUUUUAAAGAAAUUAUUGAGAGUUUUUUAAAAAACUACAUUCAGAAAGACAAAAAUAACAGUUCAUCAUUAAAAAGUUCAUCAGAUACUGAUCAUACUCCUCAUACUCCAAUUAGACAAGAUUUUACUUCUCAAACAUCUAAUACUGCUAAUACCAUAGUCAACAAUCCAAUAAAUAAUCAUUCCAGCACAAUUACAUUUACAUCACCAAUAACUUCUUCACGGUAUGGUGAUGAUGUCGAUUCUAAAUAUGAUGAAUCUUCUUUGGACUCUGGGCGGCAUAUAAAUUUGCAAAAGUGUAAAAUAAAAAAAUCAUGUACCUCGAUAAAUUUACAGAAACAAAAAGAUCAAAGUGUGCAAUGUACAAUCCAAGAUAAUUUAAUAAACAUAAAUGAAAAUGAAAAUUUGAAACCUUCAGCAUCUUCAAAAAAAAAUGAUGACUUAGAAUCAAAUCCAAAAAAUAACACUCAUAGUAAAACAAAGUACAAUGAUGUUAAUAAGGAUUUUAAUAAACAAAUGAUUUGGUUUCAUAAAAAUUACAUGAAAACUGAAAGAGAAAAUCAAAUGCUCUGGAUCAACAGUCAGAUAUCUCACUUAAAUAAUUUGAAAAAGCUAUUGAACACCCAUGAAGAACUGAAAAAAAAUUGGAAUACAUAUAAGCAGAAACAAACAAAUAGUAAAUCUAAGUUAAGGAGAAGACUUCCAAUAUCAAAUUCAAGUUCUGAUGUUACUACUUCAACUUAUACAGAUUCAACUAUUUCUUCCAAACCAGUAUCAGUCACAUCAAGAUUUAAUGAAACUGAUAUUGAAUCUUCAGCUACAAUUUGUGACCAUGUACAUUAUAAAAAAGGAAUCCUUGUAGACGAACCUAACUCUUUGAAAAAAUGUUGCGAGAAAAUGCUGCUUGAUGGCAUUAAAGAUAAACAAAAUCAGAAGACUAAUAAAUUUAAAACUGCAUGGUCUCAAACUGAAUCAAUUCAUGAAACAAAAUUGAAAACUGAUAGAAAGCAAAAAUCUCAGUCUGGUGUUAAUUAUACAGAAUGUCAAUUAAAACCAAGCAGCAGUAAAAGUUCUAUAAGUUAUGAUAUAAUAUUUAAGCCUACUUCAAGAUGUUUAAAAGAAAUAAAUGCUGUUAAUGAUCAAAAAAAAAAGCAGAAACAUUCUAUAUCAGUAGCAUGUCAAACAAAUAAAAUCCCAUUUAAACCUAAAUCUAGCUUACAGGAAUAUUUAAUAAUAAAUCGUCCAGAUUACAUUUGUCGAGCAGAAGAAAGGCAAAAUAUCUUAACUAACUUAGCUAGUUUAAGAGACAAACGCAAAGAAUUAAAAAAAGAUAUGCUGAUAACAAAUAAUAAUGAAAAUAAGGUUCCACCAAAUCCAUUAGCUGUUAAGCGUGUAAUGAGUCAAAGUGAAAUGAGGAAGUUGACUGAAAAUAAAUAUCGCAAAUGUCCUGAAGUCAAAAAUAAAAAGAUCGAAAAAAAACGGAAAGAGGAAUAUAAAACAAAUAAAAUGAUGGCAAACAUAUUUAACAAGAGACUUCAAAAAAAGACAUUAAAAGGAAAAGUGGAUUUAUCCAACAGUAUUGUGAAGAAAUAUGAAAACAAAAAUUGUUCAAUGUUAUUUUUAUUUUAAGUUUGGAUAAAUAAUUAUAAAUUAUAAAAAAGUUAUCAACUGGAAGAAACACGCUAAGACACUGUUUUUGUUUAAGAAGUAGUGCUCACAAAUAUGUUCAAAAUAUUUAAUAUAAUAUAAAAUUAACAAUAUCAAUGUUAAAUUGAAACACGGAAAAAGGUACACUUUUCCUCCCAUUUAAGCACUAUAUGUGAUAACUAAGAAACUAAGUCUCAAUAAGUAAUAUUUUUCAGUAUCAUUAACAUAUAAUUAUAGUUUUUAAUAUAGUUACUUUUAGUUUGAAGUACAAUUACAUUUAAAUACAGAAUAUAUAUUAUGACGUAUAAUCAAGGCCGGAUUGGUCUGGCAAAAUAUCGAGUAAAACUCGAUGGGCUGCUCAAAAUAUGGGCCAGCUUUGAGUUAGGUAGUAUUUUUUUGUUUUUAUUAUAGUGAUUAAUUAGUACAAACAUUGGUAGAAAAUAUAAUUGAUUCUAAUUAUUUAAAUGGUACAGUAGUUGUAGCUGUAAUCAAACAUUAGAAAUCCUAACUCGAUAGGCUGAUAUUUUGCCAACCCGGCGCUGAGUAUAAUAUGUUUAAUACAUAUUAUAUCUUAUGAUAUUCUGAAAAUAUAUUACAUACUAAUAUAGUAAAUUGAUAAUAU